UUAAAGAUGUGGGAUUUUUUCCCUUCAAUAAAGGAUAAAAGUUUACCUCCGCUUUCUUGUCGUGGAAGUAUAAAUAGAUUCAUAGGCUUCUGAGAAACACUUCAAAAAUUGAAAUCUCAUUUUGCUCACCUCUCUUUUUCGACGCGUCAAAUGCAGAACGAUAGCUCCGAUUUGUCCUUUUCCCCUAGUUUUAACAGCUACUACUCCGAUAAGAAACUCGGUGACAUCGCCGCCACGGUUUGCCGAGAAAGCACCGGCGUUUCGGAUGAUGAAGAAUUCGAGUUCUCUAUUGAACUCGGGGAGACUCCACAAACGUCGUUGUUUCCAGUCUUCAAUCGCGAUCUCUUGUCGAGCGGUGAGGAGGAGGGUAAAGAUGAUGAGGUGAAAGAGGCUGUUCGGAUUCCGUUGAGGAAUUUGUUCAUCAGCGAUGGAGAUCUUCCAUCUUCAUCGUCAUCGUCGGAGGUGGACGAGCUUGAAGCACUGCCAACUGAAACGUAUUGUGUUUGGAAACCGAAGCAAUCACCAGCAUCAUCUCCGAACAGGUGUACGAAGAGCAAAUCCACUGGAUCAUCAUCUACGAAACGGUGGCGAUUAAUAAAGGAUCUUCUUAAAAGAAGCAACAGCGACGGCAAAGUCUCGGCUUCAUCGUCUUUGUUUUUGAAUUUUGAUCAUAAGAGUACGAUAGAGAAAAAGCAUGAAGAAAAGGCAAAUGAGAAAACAGCGACGGCGGCGGAGACGGUGAAGAAGAAAAGUGAUGGUGAAGUAACGGCGACGAAGAUGAAGAGAGUUGAGAAAGCGUCGGCGCACGAAAUCUUUUACGUGAGAAAUAAGGCGUUAAAGGAAGGAGACAAACGGCGGUCCUAUUUGCCGUACCGGAAGGACUUGGUUGGAAUUUUUGCUAAUGUUCACGGUUUAGGUAGAAAUUUACCUUCUAAGUAAAAAAAACUUUUUUAUAUAUUUGUAAAAGAAAAAAAGUUAUUGAAAUAUAAUUAUAAAUAGCCAGGAAAAUGAAUCAACGUGUUUUGUUAUUAUUAUUAUUUACUUUUUUUGCA